AUGCUAAUUCUCGCAAGCAGUUAUGUACCUCCUGUGACCUUGUUCUGCAUUGCGUGGGAGACGGGGUGGGUUAGGCUGCGAGGAGGGGGGACCACGUGGUGGCUGGGUGGAGGAGUGUUGGUGCACGACGCUGGCGGGUUGGGCGACGGCGGCGGUGGGGGAGAAGCCAGAUUUUUGUUCGGCACUCAGCUUGCAGCGUUUAAUUCUGUUUCACUCAAUUUACUGCCGGCUUUUCGAUGUUUACCUCGAAUCAUCUUUCCUCCUCCUCCUCCUCCCCCCCCCACGUGGUGGCAAGAAGAUGAGGUGGGUGGUGGCCCUCGCUCAUUAUCUAUCUAUCUAUCUAUUGGAGUAUAUGAGUUAUCUAUCUAUCUAUCUAUCUAUCUGAGUCUGUUCGUAUCUAUCUAUCUAUCUAUCUAUCUAUCUGAGUCUGUUCGUAUCUAUCUAUCUAUCUAUCUAUCUGAGUCUGUUCGUAUCUAUCUAUCUAUCUAUCUAUCUGAGUCUGUUCUCUGUUCGUAUCUAUCUAUCUAUCUAUCUAUCUCUAUCUAUCUGAGUCUGUUCGUAUCUAUCUAUCUAUCUGAGUCUGUUCUCUGUUCGUAUCUAUCUAUCUAUCUGAGUCUGUUCGUAUCUAUCUAUCUAUCUAUCUAUCUAUCUGAGUCUGUUCGUAUCUAUCUAUCUAUCUAUCUAUCUAUCUCUAUCUAUCUGAGUCUUCUGUUCGUAUCUAUCUAUCUAUCUAUCUAUCUAUCUAUCUAUCUGAGUCUGUUCGUAUCUAUCUAUCUAUCUAUCUAUCUAUCUAUCUAUCUCUAUCUAUCUGAGUCUGUUCGUAUCUAUCUAUCUAUCUAUCUAUCUGAGUCUGUUCGUAUCUAUCUAUCUAUCUAUCUGAGUCUGUUCGUAUCUAUCUAUCUAUCUCAGGACAGUGACAGAAAAAGCUUAAGUACAGAACAAACUUUUAUGGAGCUCAGCAAGCCAAGUGAACUGUAUGAAAAAUGUUUGCAACUUAGUCUGGCUUUGGUAACGGAUCUUCAUGAAGAGGGACUUAUGGGACGAACCAUUUCAGUGAAAUUAAAAACUGUAGAUUUUGAUGUGAAGACACGAUCUCAAACCCUCUUGCAACACACAGAUGAUAAAGAGAUGAUCUAUCAGGUGGCCAGUGAUUUGAUCAAAACAGAAAUCACAGCCUGCUCUCCAAAACCUUUCAGGCUGCGAUUAAUGGAAAAGAUUCUUACUCCUCCACUUUGUCCUACAAAAGAAGAAAAUCCUCCUCCUCCUCCUCUGCUGACUGACUCAAGUCAUAGUAACUGUGAUGAAUCUGAGAAUUCUUCAAAUAAAAUCCAUUUUUUUCAAUGUGAUGUGAUUUCCAAGGAUGAAUUAAAAUGUUACCCACCAGCAAUUGACACGCCUAGUGAGACAAAUCAAACACAACUGAAUCAUUGUGAUCAUAGUUCAACACAGAUAAAUGUUUUCGGUGAAAUUGUAGAAGUUGGUUAUCAGAAAACCAUUGUGAAGCAAAAAAAGAAAGUCUCUCUUUCAUCUGAUUUUGGAGAUUCCCAAAUGAUGGCCAAGUGUGAACAUUCACAAGUGACCACUUUGUCCUCCCCUCCAUUAUCACAUGAUGAACUGGCAGUCGACUUGAACGAUGAAAAGUCACAACUACAUUCUGUAACAGAUGACAACAAUGACAAAUUUACAGCCACUUCAGUUCAUGUUUCUCCGUGUUCUGUGGAGGCUGAGGAGGAGGAGGAGUCAUCCCGGGAAGACUUUUCUCGGCCUUUUCAGGCACCAAAUUGUGAAAUGGCUGACAAAGAAUCAAUUUGUCUGUUAGAAAAAGAAUCGGAUCCUUCUCUGCAAAACAGUUUACAACCUGUAAAUUCCUUUGACUGCAUUCUGAAUCAAGAAGAUACAAGUAUCUCUGGGGGCAUUUUUACCUGUCCUGUUUGCUCUAAAGAAGUGACAGCUUCUGAUAUGACUGUGUUUAAUGAACAUGUUGACCUCUGUCUUAACCAAAAUGUCAUUCAUAAGAUUCUCAUUGAGCAAGGAGCAGAGAUCCGAAAAACAGAAGCCACAAAAAGGAGAGCUGACUUGUCGAGUUCUUUGCUGAAAACCAACAAAAAGAAGAAAUACAAAAUAGGAACAAAGAGUAGCAAGGAUGAAAAAAUACUAACACUCGAUUCUUUUUUUAGCUGA